AGAUGGUCAUUGCGUUAGGCCAUCCUUCUUUAAUUAAGAAUUCAAACAAAUCAGCACUCAUGCAGAAAGUCAACAUACCACUGUUUAUUUUUUCAAUAAUUCCUCGUGUUGAGCUGUGAAGGCUUCAACUUUUAUUCUGAAAUGAAAGUAUGUCCCCUCUUUUUUUUUAUUUCCACUUUUUUAUUACACAAUUAGUCAACGAAACUGCACACACAGCCCAGACCCCUGCAGCACACCUUGACUCGUGGGUUGAUCACAGCUCAUGAAACACUGGCACGCGAUUAUUUGAAAAGCAGUGGCCUGAACCCAGCAGUUUAGGAGAUGCUGUUAUUAAUAGUGUGAUAGUGUAUUUUUUAUUCUCCUAAUGCAAUAGUAUUUACAUUCUGUUCAGUGUUUUCUGCACAAACGUGUUUAGCUUCUUAAUCCUCUUAUUGUGGUUAAAACUUGACCUCUUUAACUAUGUUCUUGAUCUGUGACAACAACAUACGGUAUCUUUUGCUUUUACUUUCGCUGCAUUAUUGACAUGAUGGUGUGAUGACACGACGUGCCAUCUCGCUGAAAGUCGGCCCUCUCAAACUGAUUUGGUGCCAGCCACACACCAAAACAUUAGACGGUGGAAAUCCCCAAUCAUUGGUCUAAGUUGUUUAAGUGCAGUGGUAAAGUCAUCUGACGGCGCAUUCAGAGACAGGAUCAACAUUCAUAAGAAUGGCAGCCCCAUCUGCAGGCCAACCUGUGGCAAUAACUGUGGGUACAGUUUGGAGGUUUCAGGUCCGACCCCCACCGCCCACGUCCCCAAGACUGACUGUUGGUGCUGUAGUUGUGUGCUGUGUCCUUACAGUGGCUCGAGUCAUCUUUGGUGUUGUGUAUUUCAAAGACUGCCCUCAGCAACCCAACAUCCCCAACUAUCUGUUAGGGCUGGCUUUGAUCACUCUGAUCAACAUACCAUUUGUGACCUUACCCUGUGACUUUCAUCCACGGGAGAACCCCAGGGGCUGUAAAGCCGUACUGCAAGGUUUAAUAGGCCUGUUUAUUUUCAUAUGGAUCCUGCUGGGUGAUGUGUGGGUCCUCUCAGUGUACCAGCCAAACUAUGAUCCCACCUCUGCAGACGGUCUUUAUUGUAAUAAGACCUUGUACACAUUUGCUUUCUGGAAUGCUGUUUUUGAGAGCGUUGGGCUUGGAGUCCUCUUUCCCAGCUUCUGCAAAGGAAUCAUGUUCUAUGUGGUGAUGACUCCUGUGCCAUCCAACACAGACUUUUAUGGACAAGUCUGAGACACUGAUGGAGCAGUGAUGACUGUGGUCAAAUUCAUAGCUUCAUUUUACUGUGCAAAUGUGCCUUUAUUAUCACGUAGAAAUCAAUGCUGUAAAUAUCUUUCUGGAUCUCUGCUUUUAUUUUGUAAUCUGUUUCAAAUCAAAGUAAAUACACAGAACCGGAGAG